AUGACUAUCGGCCCGUGUAAAAAGUCGCUCUCCAUCUUCCCACAGACGACGAACAAGCCGAGUUUAUUUUGUUUUUCAAUAUCUUUUUCCCACCUCAGUUUCCAGACGGGACUACCUUCWCUCCCUGGUCCCAGCGCUGCCCGUGCGCGCACACACUCUUCCACAUCCCCGCGCUCGGUUGUGGCAGCGCCGCUGGGCUCGGUGGAGCGAUCSYYUCCCUCCCUGCCCGCUUCYCUCCCUGCCCGCUUCCCUCCCUGCCCGCUGCCCGCGGCGCUGCCGCAGCCUCCGCGGACGCGCCCCCGCGUCUCGCCCGCCCCCUCGCAGCCGUGCCCGGGGCCCCCGGGCGGUCGCGGCAGCUCCAGCGCCCGGGGCAGCCUGCAGCACUUGCUCCUCUUCCUGAUCUUCGUUGGGCCUUUCAACUGCUUUGCCAGUUACAGCCGUGCCACUGAGCUCUUCUACAGCCUCAACGAGGGGCUGCCUGCUGGCGUGCUCAUCGGCAGCCUGGCCCGUGACCUGCACCUCCCGACAGCUGCUGGGCAGCAGCCUGCAUCCCUGCAGCCCCCACUGUCCUUCACCCUGGCCUCCCACGGCCUGGGGGGACAGUAUGUGCAGCUGGACAACCGCUCCGGAGAGCUGCACACCUCAGCCGUGGAGAUAGACCGGGAAGCACUGUGUGUGGAAAGCAGUGGGGCCACCAUCUUGGGGGGAUCAGCUGCUGUCUCCUCUUCCUCCCCCUCCCCGGAGUCAUGCCUGCUGCUGCUGGACGUGCUGGUACUGCCUCAGGAGUACUUUCGCCUGGUGAAGGUAAAAAUUGCUAUUCGUGACAUCAACGACAACGCGCCCCGCUUCCCYGUGCCCCACAUCCGUCUCUCGGUGCCCGAGAACGCCCCUGUGAACACCCGCCUGGCCAUCGAGCACCCUGCCCUUGACCCCGACAUGGGCACCAACAGCGUCCAGACCUACCGCCUGCGGGAUAACUACGGCGUCUUCACCCUGGACGUGGAGGAGAAUGAGAACGGGGAGAGGACGCCUUACCUGAUUGUGAUGGGGGCACUGGACAGGGAGACACAGGACGAGUAUGUCACAGUCAUCGUCGCUGAGGAUGGGGGGACACCUCCACUYGUGGGGAGUGCCACCCUCACUAUUGGCAUCAGUGACAUCAAUGACAAUUGUCCCCAGUUCAACGACUCUCAGCUCAACGUCACCCUUUAUGGCAAUUCCAGCCUGGGGACACACGUGGCUACUGUCCACGCGGCAGACAUGGACCUUGGAUCCAAUGCCCUGAUCACCUACUCCUACAGCCAGAAGGUUCCACAGCCAUCCCGAGACUUGUUCCACCUGAAUGAAAGCACAGGAGCCGUCACACUCUCCGCUAAAAUUGAUGGGGACACUCCAAGGCUGCACAGGCUGAUCAUACUGGGCAACGGUCCCGGGUGUAUUCCUGCCGUGAUCACAGUGCUGGUGACCAUCAUCAAAGUCAUGAUGAGGCCACCUGAAGUUGUUCCUCGUUUCAUAGCUAAUGAGGUAGAAGGGGUGGUCUACUUAAAGGAACUGGAGCCUAUCAACACCCCUAUAGCAUUUUUCACCAUCAAAGACCCUGAUGAGAAAUACAAAGUCAGUUGCUAUUUGGAUGGGGAUGGGCCUUUCAGACUUACACCGUACAAGCCGUACAACAAUGAGUACCUGUUGGAGACCACCAAGCCUUUGGACUUUGAGACGCAGCAGCUGUAUGAAAUCUCUGUAGUUGCGUGGAACUCAGAAGGAUUUCAUGUCAAGAAAGUCAUCAAAGUACAGGUUCUGGAUGACAACGACAACUCACCGGUUUUCUCUGAGCAGUUGAUAGAAUUGUCCAUUGAGGAGAACAAUGUUCCCAAUGCUUUUUUGACCAAACUGCAUGCUACUGAUGCUGACAGUGGAGAAAGAGGGCAAGUGUCCUAUUUCUUAGGUCCUGAUGCCCCUUCUUAUUUUGCUUUAGAUAAAACCACAGGAGUUCUUACAGUUUCCACCCAACUGGACAGAGAAGAAAAAGAGAAAUACAGAUACACUGUCAAAGCAGUAGAUUCUGGAUUCCCUCCAAGAGAAUCAAUAGCAACUGUCACCAUCACUGUAUUGGAUAAAAACGAUAACAGUCCAAGAUUUAUCAAUAAGGAUUUCAGCUUUUUCGUGCCAGAAAACUUUCCAGGUUUUGGUGAAAUUGGAGUUAUAAGUGUCACAGAUGCUGAUGCAGGGCAAAAUGGAUGGGUUGCCCUUUCAGUUCUGAAUGGAAGUGAUAUUUUUGUCAUAGAUACAGGAAAAGGAGUUUUGAGAGCUAAGGUCUCCCUGGACAGGGAGCAGCAAAGCUCCUAUGUUCUGUGGAUUGAAGCAGUUGAUGGUGGUGAUCCUGCCCUGUCUUCUACAGCAAAAAUAACUAUCCUUCUUCUGGACAUAAAUGACAACCCUCCUUUGGUCCUGUUUCCUCAAUCUAAUAUGUCUUACUUGCUGGUCCUUCCUUCCACCCUUCCUGGCUCUCCCAUCACUGAGGUCUAUGCUGUCGAUAAGGACACUGGCAUGAAUGCAGUCAUAGCUUACAGUAUCAUAGGAAGAAGAGGCCCUCGCCCUGAAUCAUUUAGGAUUGACCCCAAGACUGGUAAUAUCACCUUGGAAGAGUCACUGAUGCAGAAUGACUAUGGCUUAUACCGGCUGCUCGUUAAAGUCAGUGAUCACGGCUACCCAGAACCUCUGCAUUCCACUGUCAUGGUGAACCUUUUCGUCAAUGACACCGUCAGCAAUGAGAGCUACAUCGAAAGUUUGUUAAGAAAGGAGCCUGAUAUCAGUGUAGAAGAAAAGCAGCCACAAAUAUCCAUAGAGCCUACACAUAAAAAAAUGGAGUCAGCGUCCUGCAUGCCUACCUUGGUAGCUCUUUCAAUAAUAAGCUUGGGUUCAAUUGCUUUAGUAACAGGGAUGGGAAUUUACAUUUGUCUAAGAAAAGGGAAAAAGCAUCACAGAGCAGAUGAAAACUUGGAAGUACAAAUCCCAUUAAAUGGAAGAAUUAACCUGCACAUGUUGGAGAAGAAACCAAUGGAGAUUUCUAACAUUUGAUGUUUCUUUGUGUAUAAAUCCAACAUCUGAAAAACCCCGGACAACACUAAAACACCUAGCUGUAGGUUGUAUUGACAGAGGUUGCAAUGAAGGACUGCUAAUUUAUAACUUAAUGAUAUUAUAAUUGUAAAUAGCUGUUUACAGUUUUUUAAAUUCAAUUUCAGUGUACAGCUUUUUUUAUGAAAAGUUAGUAACUAACAGCUAGCACCCUGACUAUAAAAACAUGGACAUCAUUUCCAACUUCCAUAAAUCAAUAAGAUCAGUGAACAUAAAAAAGGGGAAGGUAAGAUGAUUCUUUUAAACUCAAGUUUUAAAAGUCUUUUUAACCACGAGAGGGCAUCAGAUGCUCCUGAGCAGGGAACUGUUCGAGGUACUGUCCGUGAGAUAAACAGAAUAUAUUUUAAAUAUAUUGAUUUUAAUAUAAAAUACCUAUUGGCAUACAGACAUUUAAACACUACAAAAAAAAAAAAAAAAAAAAAAAAAAAAAAAAAAAAAAAAAAAAAAAAAAAAAAAAAGAGGAAAUGUCUGUCCCGAUGUAUGUAUAAUAAAAAGAAUAAGUAUAUUAAAAUGCACUAGUAAUGAAAACCAGAAUGUUUAUUACCUCACAAGUAAAGCUUAUACAGUAGGAUAGAAGAGGCAUUAACAAGAAGUGCAAUUCCUGUUGAGCAAGAAUGCAAGAUAUUGUAAUGAGAAUCUGAACUGCUGUGACAUAUCAUUCAUUUUUCUCCCAAUUUCACCCUCAUUAUCAUUUUCUCCAGCAAUCCACUGGACAUUUUUAUGGAAAAAUUAUAUUUAAUAUUUCCUAAAGCAAAUAAUGACAGAGCCCCAUGCUCAUCCUCAUACACAUGCCAGAUGCAAGGAAGCAAGGGAAUGGCUAAAUCUUUAGUUGUCACAAAAGUGGUGGUAUUUUUUUGUACUUUGAGCAAUCUGUUGGUAGUAUUCCAUCAGUUUGGUUGUGUAGUAGAUUUCUGUUAUGUGUUACUUCUGAAUCUGAUCUGCCAGAUGAAAACAAAAAUCACAUUCUAAGGAAUUGUAGGACUUUUUAAAUUCUGACUGUUGCUCCUUUCYGGAUUGGUAUUCCAUGUGAAAGAUCUUGUUUCUGACUUUUGGCGACCAUUCCUGGCUCCUUUUCAUUGGCUUUGAUUUUGGAUUAGAUCCAAAAUCUGACUUGUAAGACUGGUGGCAUAUUUUCUUGAUAAUUUAUUCUUUGCUGUAUCCUCUGCAACAAAGCAGCAAUUUUAUCAGUGAUGUAUUACUUUCACUUCAUUUUAAGAGCUGAGAACUAUCUUUUGUAUGAUGAUUGCAUCAAAUUUCUCUGUGUGAACAAGAUAAAUUAGUGUUAUGCUUAAAAAUUAUUAUUUUGAUUUCUCGCAUCAUAUGUCUGUAAUGUACCAAAAGUGUUUAUAUGUCUGCAAAUUAAAGCUAUAUAUUUUCAUAAUAACUUACUCUCUCUCUCCUAGAAUUUCAAGUAGAAUGCUAAGUAUUAUUUCAGUUAUAAGAAAUGUAUUUUUCACAAGUGCUUAGGUGCUGGCUCUCUUGUCUGACAUGUCAUACUUUCAAAAACUAGCACACUUCAUUAAUGACUGUUAAUGCUGUAUUUCAGCUGAUGCAAAUGGUGCAGCAGCUUGUACCUGUUUUGAAAGUAGGGA